AUGGAACCAUCUAACGAUGCUGAGACGGUGGAAACUCAUCAAGGUGAGGUUACUACUAACGGCGUUUUGCCAUUAUCUCCAAUGCUUGUGACUGAUGAGGAUGCUCCGGGGAAUCUCAGCCAUGACGGAAGAUAUAUUCAAUACAACCUCUUUCAGACUUAUAUCUUUAAAGUUACCGCAAAGUAUCAGCCACCGAUUACGCCUAUUGGCAGAGGUGCUUCUGGUAUCGUUUGUUCGGCUAUGAACUCAGAGACCAAUGAGAAGGUGGCAAUCAAGAAAAUAUCGCAUGCAUUUGAUAACCUAAUCGAAGCAAAGAGAACUCUCCGUGAAAUCAAGCUUCUUCGUCACUUCGAUCAUGAAAACAUUGUUGGAAUCAGAGACGUAAUCGUGCCUGCUCGGAGGGAUUCAUUCGAAGAUGUUUACAUUGUAUAUGAAUUCAUGGAGCAUGACCUUUUUGGAGUCUUAACAUCCGAACAAGAACUAACCAAAGACCACUGCAUGUUUUUCAUGUAUCAAAUCCUGCGCGGAUUGAAGUACAUUCAUUCGGCUAAUGUGCUACAUAGAGAUUUAAAACCGAGCAAUCUCCUCUUGACUACACAGUGUGACUUAAAGAUCUGUGAUUUCGGGCUUGCUCGUUCCACUCCUGAGAGUCAUGAAAUGACUGAGUAUGUUGUCACAAGGUGGUACCGUGCGCCCGAGCUUCUGUUGGGCACUUCUGAUUACACCGCAGCAAUAGAUGUUUGGUCCGUUGGCUGUAUAUUCAUGGAAAUGAUGAACCGCAAAACGCUCUUCCCCGGUAAAGAUCAAGUUCAUCAGCUUCGUUUGCAUAUGGAGGUAUAAUAAAGUAAAACCCUCUUUUUGCGCUAAGAACAUAUACGUUUUCUGUUACUCUUAAAAAAGU